AUGAAAGUAGCUGUGAAGGGAGCUAUGAACGUUCAGGAACCUCCCGACAGUCCCUGUGACUUCGAUUCAGACCUGUGUGGGUACACACAGGGCACGGCAGACGACUUUGACUGGACACGUGACUCUGGCGGUACUCCUACGGGCCUCACCGGUCCAACAGUCGACCACACCACUGGCACCAGCUCAGGCCAAGUAGGUACCCUAAAGGUAUCUGUGAAAGAUGGAGGUAUGACGACUGACAUCUGGACCAGAUCUGGUAACCAAGGUAACCAGUGGUUCAGCGUCGCCGUCAGCAUUCCUGCCACCGGAAGUUACCAGGUCAUCUUUGAAGGGGUCAGAGGAAUUAAUGCCCAUGGUGACAUUGCAAUAGAUGACGUCAGCAUCACGCAAGGAGCCUGCCCAGAUGUAGAUGAAUGUGUUCCAAGAGGAGGCAGGGGACCGUGUAGCCAGAUCUGUACCAACACUGUCGGCAGUUUCUUCUGUUCCUGUAAUGUUGGCUAUACUCUUAACCAAGACGGCCUCUCAUGUUUUGCUCCCAACAGUCCCUGUGAUUUCGACUCAGACCUGUGUGGGUACACACAGGACACGGCAGACGACUUUGACUGGGCACGUGACUCUGGUGGUACUCGUACGGGCCUCACCGGUCCAACAGUCGACCACACCACUGGCACCAGAUCAGGACAUUACAUGUACAUUGAAGCAUCGGGCCCAGACCAGGGACACACCGCCCGUCUGAUAUCCCCGUCCUACAGCAGGAAUCCUGACGGUCAGUGUCUGCUGUUCUGGACACACAUGUAUGGAGAUAAGCCUGGUGAUCCAGACGGUAAGCUACAGCACUAA